CGCAGGUGCAGGCCUACGUCGCCGCGUACGGCGGCCUCUCCCCGGUGCAGAUGCAGGCGCUGCAGGCGCAGCACCUGCAGCAGCAGCAGCAGCUGCAGAUGCAGCAACAGAUGAUGCAGGCGCAGUUGCAGCAGCAGCAGCAGCAGCAGCAGAAGCAGCAGCUAGGGCAGCAGCCAGCGCAGCCAGCGCAGCCGCUGCAGCAGCAGCCGGCGCAGCCGGGCCAGCCGCAGCAGCAGCCAGGGCAGCAGCUGGGGCAGCCAGCGCAGCCAGCGCAGCCAGCGCAGCCGGGCCAGUCGCAGCAGCAGCUAGGGCAGCAGCCAGGGCAGCUGGGGCAGCAGCAGCCAGGGCUGUCCGCGCAGCAGUUGGGGCAGCCGGGGCAGUCGCAGCCAGCGCAGCAGCUGGGGCAACUGGGGCAGUCACCGCAGCAGCUGGGGCAGCCAGGGCAGCAGCAGCCAGCGCAGCAGCUGGCACAGCAGACGCGGCCCGGCCAGAUGCCGGGGGCCACGGCCCCCGCCGCCGCCGCGCCGCAGCAGCAGCAACAGCCGCCUCCCGGGGCGGCGGGCCCGCCCAAGACCGCGGAGGCGCACCAGGCGGCGCUCGCGCAGUUCCUGGGCGGCAUGGGCGCAGCGGGCAGCGAGGCGGCCAAGCAGAUCUCGGCCGCGCAGGCCGAGGAGGCCGCCAAGCAGGCAGCGGCCGCCAAGCAGAUGGCGGCCGCCCUGCCGAGCAAGGC